AUGUACUUCUUCCUUUUCCACCUAUCCUUAUCGGACACCUGCUUCUGUACUUCCAUAGCCCCUAGAAUGAUUGUGGAUGCCCUUUUGAAGAAGACCACUAUCUCUUUCAGUGAGUGCAUGAUACAAGUCUUUUCGUUCCAUUUCUUUGGGUGCCUGGGGAUCUUCAUCCUUAUCCUCAUGGCUGCUGACCGCUAUGUGGCCAUCUGUAAGCCCCUGCACUACACAACCAUCAUGAGUCGACGGGUCUGUGCUGUGCUCGUGGCUGUGGCCUGGGUGGGGUCCUGUGUGCACUCUUUAGCUCAGAUUUUUCUUGCCUUGAGUUUACCCUUCUGUGGUCCCAAUGUGAUUGAUCACUAUUUUUGUGACUUGCAGCCCUUGUUGAAACUUGCCUGUGCAGACACCUAUGUGAUCAAUCUACUGUUGGUGUCCAAUAGUGGGGCCAUUUGUACAGUGAGUUUUGUCAUGCUGAUAUGCUCCUAUGUUAUCAUCUUGUAUUCUCUGAGAAACCACAGUGCUGAAGGGAGGAGAAAAGCCCUCUCCACCUGCAUCUCCCACAUCACUGUGGUCAUCUUGUUCUUUGGUCCUUGCAUAUUUAUAUACACAACGCCCUGCAACCACCUUCCCCAUGGAUAA